CUCAACAAACCGCAUUAAACGUAAAUAACCACCACCACCACCACCACCACCAUCACUGGGCAGCCACCCCAAUACGGCCAUUCCUCCUCCUCGACCAUGACAAGACUAAAACCCCAUGUAGCAUUUUCCCUCCUUUUCCUCUUUAGCUUCUGCUUCUUUAGCCUCGACGCCUUCGAAAACCCAGAUUUAGCUCCGCUCUUAGCCUUCAAGUCCUCCUCAGACUACUCCAACACCCUCUCUCAAUGGACCUCCAAAACCGACCCAUGCACGUGGCCAGGCGUUUCUUGCCUUCACAACCGGGUCAGCCACCUCGUUCUCGAAGGCCUCAAUCUCGAAAGCUCCUUCGAACCCCUCACUCGCUUAACUCAGCUCCGAGUUCUCAGCCUCAAAUAUAACCAUUUCUCCGGCCCCAUUCCUAACCUCUCAAACCUCACCUCACUUAAGCUACUUUUCUUAUCUCACAACCAGUUCUCCGGCGAGUUUCCGGCCUCCGUAACGUCUCUCACCCGCCUCUACCGUCUCGAUCUGUCUUUCAACAACCUCUCCGGCGUUAUCCCGGCCACUAAAGUGAACCAUAUGACCCACAUGUUAACUCUUCGUCUUGAGGUAAACGGGUUUUCGGGGCAAGUAUCGGGUCUGAACGUGCCUAAUCUUCAAGACUUCAACGUUUCCUGCAACAAAUUGUCGGGUCCGAUACCAUAUUCGCUCUCGGGCUUCCCGGAAUCAGCAUUUUGGAAGAAUCUUAUGCUUUGUGGGGCACCAUUGCCGAGUUGUUCGUCUGUAAGGAGUGACCCGACUCGACCCGGAACUUCUUCCGGAGCUAUAGCAUCUCCGUUGGGUCCCGGGGGAGGAAACCCUUCUACUGUAGCAUCUUCUCCCACCUCAGUUCCGGAAUACGGGUCGCCGACUAGAACGGGAAAAACUCGCCGUAGCGGAGGGAAUAAAAUGACCAAAGGGGAAAUAAUCGCCUUGAUAAUGGGCGAUGUUCUGGUCCUGGCCUUAGCCUGCCUUGUAUUCUACUGUUACUUCUGGAGGAAGUCGAAGAAAAUGGAUCAAAAAACCAGCUCAGAAGUGGAAAAGAUCGUAUACUCGUCAAGCCCGUAUCCGAACUUGGCCCAGUCCGGGUUUGAGCGGGGCAAAAUGGUCUUCUUCGAGGGGGCAAAGAGGUUUGAGCUGGAGGACUUGCUUAGGGCCUCAGCUGAAAUGUUGGGCAAAGGGGGUUUUGGGACUGCUUAUAAGGCAAUAUUGGAUGAUGGGAAUGUUGUAGCAGUGAAAAGAUUAAAAGAAAUGUCUGUGAAUGGGAGAAAAGAUUUUGAGCAGCAAAUGGAGGUUCUUGGAAGGCUUAGGCACCCAAAUCUGGUCAGCUUGAAAGCCUAUUAUUUUGCCAGUGAAGAAAAAUUGUUGGUCUAUGAUUUCAUGCCUAAUGGAAAUUUGUUUUGGCUUCUUCAUGGGAAUAGAGGUCCUGGAAGAACCCCACUGGACUGGACCACAAGACUCAAGAUUGCUGCUGGAGCAGCAAGAGGACUAGCUUUCAUUCACAGCUCAUGCAAGUCCCUUAAGCUCACGCAUGGUAAUAUCAAAUCAACAAACGUCCUAAUCGAUAAAACCGGCAACGCCCGUCUAUCUGAUUUUGGCCUCUCAGCCUUCGCCUUGCCCUCAACAGCUUCAAGAUCCAAUGGCUAUCGGGGCCCUGAAGCCGCCCUGGAUAGCCGAAAACUCACUCAGAAAUCCGAUGUGUACUCAUUUGGGGUCCUAUUGUUGGAGCUGCUUACGGGGAAAUGUCCCUCCAUCGUGGACAAUGGGGGACAUGGGACAGGAUACACUGGCAUCAUUGAUUUACCAAGAUGGGUGCAAUCUGUGGUGAGGGAGGAGUGGACUGCUGAAGUGUUUGAUUUGGAGUUGAUGCGAUACAAGGACAUUGAGGAAGAAAUGGUGGGGUUGUUGCAGAUAGGAAUGGCUUGUUCUACAGCCUCACCAGAUCAAAGGCCAAAGAUGAACUAUGUAGCGAAAAUGAUAGAAGAGUUGAGAGGAGCGGACGUGUCACCAUCCCAUGAGACAGCUGAUUCUGUUUCGGACUCGCCUUCUGUGUCUGAAGAUGCAUGCGGAGUAGCAAGUCAAUGAUCAAAAUGGUUGGUAAAGACGUAGAAGGUUUUGCUUGUCUGUGGUUGAUGUGAGAUUCUGUAGAGGAGGUUUUUUCUUCUCCCCCCUUCUUCUUUUUGGGAAAUAAUCCUCUAAAUAGGAAUUUUUCUAAUACAGUACUUCGUUUUAUGGCA